AUGGAGACUACAGGAAGCAAGCGCACAACACUUACCGCAGAGGAAGUAGAGUUUGCGGGGGAAAAUGUCGAUUCUGCUCUUGUUUUCUUGAACAAUGCUAGUGAUGUGACAUUCACUGAGGACGAGGACAGAAGUCUCGUUCGCAAAGUGGAUUGGAUGUUACUGCCACUGUUGGCCGCGGUGUACAUGUUGCAGUUUGUGGACAAGAACUUGAUCAACUUUGCCAACAUCAUGGGCCUCGGUGUCGACACAGGAACGUCCUCAAAACAAUUUACGACACUCGCUUGGUCAUACUGGGUGACCUAUCUUCUUUCCCAGCCCCUGGCAGGAUACGUGCUGCAAAAGUUGCCCGUUGCCAAGGUCUUAGGAUGGAACGUUACUCUUUGGGGCGUAGUCGUGGCGCUCAACUGCGUCUGCAAAAACUACGCAUCUCUUCUCGCCUUGAGAAUUGUCCUCGGCAUUUUUGAGUCUUGCGUCUCCCCAAGCAUGAUCAUCAUCACGGCCAUGUGGUAUAAGCGACAAGAACAGCCACUCCGCUUCGGUAUCUGGGGAGGAACUAUUGGAAUUGGCAUUUUCGCCGAUUCGCUAUGUUCAUAUGGACUAUUGCACUACCAUGGAAAGACUUUCAGGAGCUGGCAGAUCAUGUUUCUCGUCUUCGGGCUCUUGACGAUCGUUAUUGGACUUCUUGUCGUGUUCUUCCUCCCCGACAAUCCCAUGACUUGCAAGAGACUUACUGAAAAAGAAAGAGUGAUUGCCAUUGCGCGUCUUCAAGGCGAUACAACUGGUAUCGAGAACAGGACUUUCAAAACCGCACAAGUUUGGGAGCUGCUAGUAGAUUCACGGGCGUGGAUGAUGUUUACCAUGAAUACGGCAAUCAACAUCCCCAACGCGGCAGUUAGCACGUUUCAAGCCGCAAUCAUAACCAGCCUUGGAUUUUCCCCAACUCAGGCAGCUCUUCUCAGCCUCCCGAGCGGAGCAGUGGGCAUCAUUGGUAUCGCGGCAGCGUCGUACUCGGCCUACCGUUUCCAGACUCGAUCAGCCUCCAUAUUGGGCCUCCUAGUCUUUGGGUUCUUUGGCACCGCUCUCUUGACAUUUUUGCCAGAUCAUGAUGAGGCCGGCAGACUAGUUGGUGUCUAUCUUACUAAUCUUAUUCCUACCAGUGCCCCGAUUGUAUACUCCUGGGUCGCGGCAAACUUCGCAGGGCACACCAAGAAGACCAUGAUGAACGCACUCAUCAUGAUGUCGUUUUGCCUUGGAAAUGCCUUGGGGCCCCUGAGUUUCACCACGCCGCCAGCUUACUGGGCGGCUAAAGUGACGAUGCUCGCGACUCUGGGCUUUGCAAUUCUUGUUUUGGGUAUGCUGGUGUUUUCCUAUCGGCUUGAAAACAACAAGCGGGCGCGACAUCUUAGGUCUUCUGGUGAUCACGACGAUGGCUUGAUCUCUUUCAUGGAUCUGACAGACCGAAAGAAUAAAAAGUUUGUGGAGCUAUAG